AUGAGCUACAACAACAUUUCGGACCUGGAGCCAGAGCUGAAGGAUUUCGGGCCCGAGCUUGUGUUGACCCUCUCCUCGGUCCCGGGCGGAUGGCGCGUCCUGGUGGACAUGGACGGCGUGCUGGCCGACUUCGAGUCCGGCCUCCUGCAGGGCUUCCGCCGCCGCUUCCCCCGCGACCCGCACGUGCCGCUGGAGCAGCGCCGCGGCUUCCUGGCCCGAGAGCAGUACCGAGCCCUGCGGCCCGACCUGGCGGAUAAAGUGGCCAGUGUGUACGAAGCUCCAGGCUUUUUCCUGGACUUGGAGCCCAUCCCCGGGGCCUUGGAAGCAUUGCGGGAAAUGAACGCCAUGGACGACACGGAGGUCUUCAUCUGCACCAGCCCUCUGCUCAAGUACCACCACUGUGUGAGUGAGAAGUACCGCUGGGUGGAGCGGAACCUGGGGCCUCAGUUUGUGGAGCGCAUUAUCCUGACAAGGGACAAGACAGUGGUCUCAGGGGACCUGCUCAUUGAUGACAAGGACACAAUUCAAGGCCUAGAAGAGACCCCAACCUGGGAACACAUCUUGUUCACCUGCUGCCACAAUCAGCACCUGGCCCUGCCCCCCACAAGGAGACGACUGCUCUCCUGGAGUGACAACUGGAGGGAGAUCAUAGACAGCAAGCGAACAACUGUGCAGCAGGAAUGACCAGAACCUGUGGUGGACAGUGCUGAAGGAAGG